AUGUCCCCUCAGUCCCUUGCCGUCCCAGCGGCCCCUCCGCCGGCCGACGACGAUCAACUCGCCAUCAGCUUUUGGAGGAAACGGUACGACAAGAGGCCCCUUUCGGCAAAUUCUAUAAUCGCCAAUCUUGACAUCGAAUACAACGAACUUGCUACAACCUGGAAACUCUUCCAGGAUAACCUUCCUCCCGAAGAUCAAAUCAAAUUCGACCAUCGCGCCCAAACCGCCGACGAUGUUUCGGCAGUCUUGCAGAGCGUGCAGAAUAUCUGGAUGUCCAGUUCCAAGCAACGAUUGUUUACGGCCUCCAUGAAGUACUGCCAAAAAUUUCGUGACACCUUGGAACUACAUACCGUGCUUCUGAACGCCCUUCCGAAGAACGAAUACUAUAUAUCCCUCUUUUACGGGGCCUUACAGUCGCUGAUAAAGGCGUCUGCGAAUUACCCGAGAAUCGUGGAGGGUCUCAUGCGGACCCUUUCCAAAAUGAACAAAUCAAUCAAGCCGCUAGGACAGGAUGACACCGGCCAAGCCGGCCUCUCAAAGGAUUCGAUUCUUCAUAUCGCCCGAUUCUAUUCGAUGGCAUUUUUCAUGCUUGGGGAGAUAAUGGAUUGGUAUGUGCGGAACUUGAAGUGUCGUCUGUUGACGAGUUUGAACCACGACCUAUACUCGGACCUUAGUGGGCUUCUUUCGAGGAUUAAUCGCAGAGCCAAGGAUAUCAUGCGUGCAAUGCCCGAUGAAAUGGACCUGGACGAAGAGGACAGCUACAAAACACGCAAGCCGCCUAUCCAGGAUUUCAAACUGUGGGAGACCGCGAGAUUCAGCCAAGUCGGCCUGCAAAAGCAGGCUCGUCGAUAUGCGGCGCAAAAUGCCAUCACCCGUCAAUUAAUAUGGGAGAUACAAAACAAUGCAUGGGAGCGUCUCGGCAUGAUGGCCGAGAGAGAGAAGCUCCUUUCGAACAUGUUGGAGAAGGCCAACCAGCGGAUGCGCCCCGUGAACCAGCAGAGUAGUGGCAUUGCCUGCUUGACCAUUACCGCUGCGCAGGACUUAGGUAUGCAGGACGGUUACCUUGGGAUAGACCGGCGGUCGGAACUAACAGUACCAUCCUUGCAAGACACUUCCAGGUUCAAAUGGUCCCAAGGGUUCAAGCAUAAGUAUACCCGGGUUGAACUGCAGGUCGCCUCUAAACAUCUGCAGGAUUUCUUCGAUUGUGACGAUCAGGUAGCCGAUCUUGAAUCGGACGUGGAUGUGAUUGCGGAAGAUAGUAUGACGGACUCUUUGCACCACUGGGCCACUAAUUGCCAUUCCCAGGUCCUCGCCGUGGGAGGCUCUCCGUCCGCGGCUUUUCUGAGCCCGGUUGCCCUCAUUUCCGCCUGCAUCGCCAAUUUCGCCCGUCAAGCCAAAUUGCCCGUCAUCUCCCACUUCUGCUCCCUGCCAACCAAAGUAAGAGACGGAAUGACACAGUGCGAGCAGAGUCUUAUCGCGUUGGCGUACAGUUUAAUCCGACAACUGAUCGAUUGUCUGCCACCCGUAUUAGAAGGCCAUGCGGCUUGCAACCUGAGCACGGACCGAUUCAGUCCCUUGAACGGCACUCUAACCUCUUGGAAAGAGGUGCUGUCGUUGAUCGAUAUUCUCUUGCAUUACGCCCCGCCCCUCGUCGUAUGUGUGAUCGAUGGCUUGGAUAAGAUUCAAGAUGCAUCAACGGAUCAGCAUAUUCGGUCUCUGGUCAGAACUCUCCUCACCAACACUCGACAUCAGACCGUUCAGAUGCCGAACGGCACCGAGAGCCAAAGUGUUUUGUUGAAAGUCUUGUUCACCGUGGUGGGACGACCGAGCUCGCUGGUGGAGACGCUGUCUGAGAAUCGACUUAUCCUGAGUGAAUCGAACACCACCGACGAGGUGGCCGCCGUGGAUCAAGCUCUAAACCCUGACGUUGGGGUUGUUAUGAUGAAUGCAUGA